UGUUUACAUGGUCCCUAUGGAAACAGGAUGAAAAAAGUGAAAUAAAGAUGGCGGCAAGUCCUGGAGGUGACGAAGAUUCGGUGUUCGAUGCAGGAAGGCUAUCUUUAUUUGAUCUCAUUCUAGAGCGAACAAGGGCUCAAAACAAGAAACAACUUGUUCACCGACUAGUUUAUGUGUCUAAAAUCCGCCAGGAUGUUAGUGACAGGAAAGAAAUUGGAGCUCACUAUGAAAGAGUUUUUAAGGAACUUCAAACACAAGUGCAUGGAGAGGCAGUGACAGGACUGCUUUUGAUAUAUCCUGUUCAUAUCAUUCAUGUUGUAGAGACUUCCUAUAACAUGCUCCUGAAGGUUAUCAAAGAGUUAGAGGAGGAUGAACAAAGUGCCAGUGGUAUGCUGUUGAAUACAAAACUACUUGUGUGUACUGGUGAUCUCAACAAUCGUCUCUUUGGACAAUGGAGUUUUAGAACUCUCAAUCUUGCUGUGUCAAGGAUGCAGGAAUUCACCACUAAUGAACCUAUCGACAUUGUGGUCACAGAGGCAUUAACACUUAUCAUUAAGCUAGCAGAAUAUUUGGCUAAACUACCAAAGAUCAGCUUAACUAAUACCAUGGACCAGUUACCUGAAAAAGUACCAGACCUGUUAGUAAGACAAGAUCUGAUUGAGUACACUUUGGGCUCACAAGACCUCAACACACCUUCACAGUACCUGAAAAGAUAUACAACACCAGUUGACAUCACAUUGGAGAGUGAACUGGCCUGGCCCAUGCAGACUAGAUUGUUCCCUCUAAGUUAGAAAUACACAUAAAGCAUUUAUUUGUCAAUGCACCAUUGUAAAUUGUCAUAUGUAAAUAAAUCUUGAUGCUUGAUAA